UUCUGGCGUGGCGCGUGCGGAUUUUCUGCCGCACGAGGGAAAGGAGCGGAACGGACAGUGAACCUGGAGGGGAGAGUCGUGUCCCUUUGCUCUGCUCUGCCCUCCUUUCCAGCACCUGCAGAGCUGCGCAGCAACCGUACCUACCGGGCGGCUGUCACUGUCAGGUCCGCGAGAAGAUGAGGAAGCGAGCGGCACCGCCGCGCGCAGAAAAGAAACGGGGAUCAUAUUGUCCUUUAUAAUUGACGACGCAGGAAAAGCGCGACCUGGUUCUCUUGUCCCGUGGGGAUCCGCGUGUUUGGAGUAACCAUGCUUCUGUCGAGGUUCGCCCAGCGAGUGUGAAGGGCACACGAAGCCAGAGCUGCCCGAGUGUGUCUUUUCUCCAUAUCUACACUCGUUCUGCAGCAACGUGUAUAGUUACAGUUCCCAGCUAUUUUUACCAUCUUCUGAGGGGCUGAAUAAAUCCGAGGAGUACAGGCUGUCCCUGCACCCAGGUGGGCAGACAGAAUUUACUCUCAUCUGAAGAAACAUGGACGCAUCUCCUUCCAGGCAACAGCAUGGCUCAAAGAAGCGUGUUAAAAUCCAUCCCAACACAGUGACGGUGAAGUAUGCAACCCACUUCCCACAGCCAGGCGAUGAGGGCUACGAUGAUGCACCCUCUUUUGAGGAUUUUGGCUCCUUUGUGGAGGAGAAUCCCGACAGGAAGCUGCUGGCUGACAGCAAGCGUGGAAGAACAUUGUUCGGCACCAUGGACACUCGUGCACAUCCCCCUGGUGAACGGAGGGACAAUGGCGUGGGCGAACAACUGCAGAGCUUUGGCGAGGCCUCUGUUUUUGCCUCGCGGGUCACGUGGUGCGCGCUUUUCGGUGCCGCGGUGGCUCAUGGCUGUGUGGCGCUGAUCACACGACUGGCGGCCGACCGCUCCAAGGUACCUUCACUGGAGCUGCUCUUUAUUCGCUCAGUGAUCCAGGUGCUAUCCAUCGUGGUGGUCUUCUAUCAUCAGGAGGCCCCUUUUGGACCCAAGGGGUACAGGCUCCGCCUCUUCUUCUACGGUGUGUGCAAUGUCAUCUCCAUCACUUGCGCCUACACGUCCUUUGCCAUCGUGCCACCCAGUAAUGGUACCAUCAUGUGGCGAGCCACUACUACAGUCUUCAGUGCUGUGCUGGCUUUUCUCCUCAUUGAUGAGCGCCUGGGCCUGACCGAUGUAGUCACAGUGAUUUCCAGUGUGUUCGGCCUCUGCCUGGUGAUGAUCCCCAACAUUGUAGGUGAAGACAAGACCCCACUGGGAUUCUGGAAGGAGGCCUUCGGCUACACCAUGACUGUUAUGGCAGGCCUAACGGCUGCCCUCUCCAUGAUUGUCUACCGGGCCAUCAAGGAACGCGUGAGCAUGUGGACAGCCCUUUUCACAUUUGGCUGGACAGGAACUGUGUGGGGGGCUUCCACCAUGUUUGUUCUGCAAGAGCCCAUCAUCCCACUUGAUGGGGAGACUUGGGGUUACUUGCUUGGUAUCUGUAUCUGUUCAACCGUUGCAUUUCUGGGUGUCUACUAUGCUUUGAACAAGUUCCACCCAGCGCUGGUCAGCACUGUGCAGCACAUGGAGAUUGUGGUGGCCAUGAUCCUCCAGCUCCUCGUGCUUCAUAUGAUCCCAUCUGUGUAUGAUGUCAUUGGGGGCCUCAUCAUCAUUGUCAGUGUAUUUGUCCUCACUGGUGUCAAGCUGUACUGGGUGGGCAGGAGUAGGCGACAGGAUUACCAGGAGAUUCUUGAUUCGCCAAUAAAAUGAGUGUGCUAUGUUGGAGAAAAUGGUCUGAGUUGCAGGUUUAUGAUUGGGCAGUCUUGUGAAUGUGA